AUGCUAGAGGAGAACAUCGAGGAAAUCUACGACGACGCCGAGGAGGAAUUUCACCAGGACGUUGUCAACGCAAGCGAUAACCUUGCGGAACAAGCGGAAAGAUUGGAAAGUGAAGGAAAAAUAACCGAACAGGAAAGAAGGGAAUUUGCAGGAAUAACUGCUCCUAAAGGACCGCCGAAGGGAAGAAUCAGACACAUGGACAUUAUAAUGAAGGAAUGGAAAAGUAACCUCGAAAAAGAAACCGACGACGAUAGACGACAGAUAACACAGAGGGCGGUGAACAUUGCCGAACAGCCCAUCGAUGAUGUAAGGCUGGAAAUGGGACAGGUCCUAGGUCGGAAGAGGGAAAACACAGAUACAGGACAACAUCCGAACAAAAUUUGA